AUGAAGCUAUUCAGGGUAGCAUUGGCCACCCUCGGCUUGGUUUGCUACUGUUUCGCCGCAGAUCAAGACAUUCUCACCAUCUUGGGCCAGCAGAGCGGGAUUUCGACCUUUGUUGGGCUCCUGGAGCAAUUCACAGAUCUGGUCAACAUUUUGAACCAGGGGACAUUUAGUGUCCUGAUUCCAAAUGACAAAGCGCUCGCCGCGUUUGGCGAGGAGAAUCCAGACUUGACCAACAAUACAGAUGCCGUCCGGGCCCUGUUGGAAUACCAUAUCGCCAAUGGUACUCAUCCGUCGGUCUCGUUUGGCCUCCAGCCACAAUUUGCGCCCACCCUGUUGACGAAUUCCAACUACACCAAUGUCACAGGUGGCCAGGUGGUGGAAUUAACGUCGUCGAACAAUCAACCCACGAUCGUUAGCGGUGUGAAGGCAGAGUCUCACGUGGUCGAGGCUGACAUUUUCUAUCUUGGAGGGCUCAUCCACAUUAUUGACUCGGUAUUGACCAUCCCCAUCUCGUUCCCAGCAACCGUUACGAAGACCGGGUUGACGGACCUCGUGGCGAUUAUGAGCAUCGGAGGCUUCUUGAAUCCCAGUUCUCCAGCAGUCAACAUCGUGAACUCGCUUUCAGAUCUCACCAUUUUUGCGCCCAAUUCGACGCAAUACUCGGCCGGAUAUACGGGAUGGAAUGGUCUCUCGCAAACCGACCUCUAUUCCAUCUUGGAGUACAGCGUCUCCCAGGGCCCGGUCAUAUAUUCGUCAGACUUCAAGAACGGCACCAAGAUUCCCACGCUGGACAGGAUAUCGGCGACCAUGACCGAGCUUGACGGCCAGUUCUAUGUCGACACAUCACUAAUCAAGACGAGAGACUAUCUCACCUCCAACGGUGUAUUGCAAAUACUUGACAGUCCUCUCAAUCCCAACACGACCGGACAACAGCCUUUUACCACGCCUGCUCCAUCUUCCAGUUCUCGGUCUAAGGGACUCAGUACUGCUGCCGGUGCUGGUAUCGGCAUCGGCAUUGGCGCCAUAGUCCUCGGGGGAGCCUUGAUUACCGCCCUAUACAUUCGAACCAAACGCCGCCGCCAGCUCAUCAGACUGGCUGAAGGCAACACGGGCGACCCUCCUCCGAGAUACGAGCUCGAUACCAAAGCACUGGAUGCGUCAGGUGCUCGUGGCAUGAACGCACCCCACACCCAAGUCUUUGAGAUUCAUGCUCCGCCAAAGCCGCCGUCUCCUCUUGAGAUUGAUGGCAUCGAGAGGAGUCGGAUCAGCGUCACCAUUGAAGGCACACCUCCCCGACACCUGGGAUUCCAGGCUCGGUAUUAG